GCGAUCAAUCGUAAAAAAAAGCGCAAAACAGUGAGAGUGUGAUACAAAUUGAAAUAUACCUUAUUAGAAGGAUAUCAAAGUGAAGUUUAUGAAAAUAUUAAGAGGCUAAUAUAGGUUAAGCCCGAUAACUAUUAUGGACAGUUAAAAUUUCGAAUUCGAAAAAUUUGAAUGUUGUUGAAAAGUGUUGAAAAAUAUAUUGCUUUCAAAUAAUUUGCGAUCAUCCUUUAUAUGUUGUAGUUGCAAGAACAUUAUAUAGUGUUAAGUGCUCAAAGGCCUCACGUUAAUGAAAUACAAAAAUAAUCGCGGCACAAUACUGCAGCUACAAUUUAGAACUUUUCUCAAACGGAAAUUUUAGUGAAAAUUGUUUUAUAUGAAGUAUUGUUUUUAAAGAUUGUUAACUAAUUGUAAACUCAUCAUAAAUUUACAACGGAGAUGUAAAUAACUCGCCCCCGCCAAUAAAAAAAAUUAAUUGAAAGCGAAUAGUUUCCCGAAAAAAAGCGAAAUACGCACUAUCAUACGAACAUACAUACACCACAAGUGUUAUAAAACUAUAUUCACACUACGCACGAACAAGUUCCUGAUAUUAAAAAAAAGCAAAAAUCCAAAAAAAUUUCAAAAUGUCUCCACUAAUGGCCACUUUGCUGAAACUCUUGUUCCUUUGCGCUUUAGCGCACAGCAGCAACUCGUUGGCAGUGCCAGAUAAUAAUGCUCAAAGGUAUCAACAAGCACCUGCGAUCAGUUCCACCGUCGCUGAGAAAGUAGUAAAACCAUCUCCACCAUAUUUACUGGUGCGUGGCGAUUCCACAUUUGCGCCGUCAGACGACGCGCUCUCCGCUUUGGAUGCAAUAGCCUCGGCGGAAAGGCACAACUUCGAUGCGGCCGCGCAAAUGUUGUUAGCAAUGUACAAGGAGCAAAUAAGUGGGACCGAGAGCGUUGACGGAAUGGAGCAAUGCAACGAUCCCUCACAUAAAGCGGCUUUCUCCGGUUACGAUUACACAAUACUGCUCUCUAUGUUGAUUAUAUCAUUGGGUAUUGGCGUUUUUUACGGCUUUUUCCACAAGUCGGGAAGCUCUUCAGAGGACUUUUUACUCGGCUCCGGUAUGUCUAUCUUUCCGGUUACCCUAAGUUUGACUACAAGUUUUAUCACGGCCAUCGAAUUGUUGGGCAACCCAUCGGAGAUGUACCUACAGGGCACGCAAUUUGUGUUGAUUGUUAUUCCAAUGAUUAUGGUCAUACCGGUUGCUGUUAAGAUAUUCUAUCCCAUAUAUUUCAAAAUGGAACUGACGAGCUGUUAUGAAUAUCUUGGCAUACGUUUUGGAAAGGAGAUACGUAUUUUGGGAGCCGUUUUGUAUGUCAUACAGAUGUGUUUCUACACCGCCGUAGCAGUGCUGGCACCAGCGAUCGCACUCUCUAAAGCCACCGGCUUAAACACAAAAGUUGCUGUGAUUCUCAUUUAUUUAGUCUGUGUGUUCUACUCCUCUCAGGGCGGCAUGAAGGCGGUAGUAAUUGCCGAUACUUUUCAGGCUGCUGUUUUGGCUGUUUCCUUGGUGCUAGUCAUUGCUUUAGGUAGUUAUUAUAGCGGUAAUGCUAUUGAGAUCUUCAACACGGCAGCCGAUCGUCAUCGCCUGGAGUUCUUCAACUUUGAUUUCGAUCCGACGACGCGUCAUACGGUUUGGUCCGUGGUUAUCGGUGGUUUCUUCUAUUGGACAUCCUUAUUCUGCACCAAUCAGGCUUCGGUGCAAAAGUGUAUGUCGUUGAAAUCGCUAAAGUUAGCGAAAGUGGCAUUGGGUUUUGCUAUACUUGGACUCGUUAUUGUUUUUCUAAUGAACUUCUACACCGGUCUGAUGAUCUUCAACCAUUACGCUGAUUGUGAUCCACUAAACGCUGGCCGUAUCACCGCUUCCGAUCAACUAUUGCCCUACUAUAUCAUUAGCACCUACGAACAUAUCUACACGAUUGCUGGAAUUUUUGUGGCGGGCAUCUUUGCCGCCAGCUUGGGUACCGUGGCGUCCGCAUUGAAUUCGCUCUCUGCCGUGACGUGCGAAGAUCUCCUCGUAAAUGGCAUGAAUAUCAAAAUCACACCGGACAAGGGUGCACUCUACGCCAAAUGGAUGUCCCUGGGUUAUGGCAUAGUUUCCUUCGGUUUGGUUUUCAUCGUAGAGAAGUUGGGUGGUGUGCUGCAGGCGACGCUAACUUUGAACGGCCUUAUCGGUGGCGUCACUUUGGGUCUCUUUGUUCUCGGCAUUGCUUUUAAGCGCGCCAACACACGGGGUGCUUUCUAUGGUGGCUUGCUCUCGUUGGCCAUCGUCAUUUUCAUUGGUGUGAUGGCGCAAAUUGUCAACGUGGAUCCGAUAGAACUACCCUUAUCGGUCGCGCAUUGCGACUGCCAAGUGAAUGCCACGUCUGUGGUCUUGCCGACAACUGUGGAGGCGGUGCCACUAACCGGAUUUAGCUCUUGGCCUAUCUUUAAGCUGAGCUACAUGUGGUACUCGAUGAUAGGGACUUUGCUCACAAUAUUUCUGGGUUUGCUCAUCUCGCUUAUUGUUGCUGCUGUGCAACGGCAUAAUGUGUUGAAGAUAAGCUCUACGCGUGAGGAGCCAGUUUGCAGUAAACCAGAGAACCCACCACAAUUCAGCACGGAGAUCAAAGUGAUCGCCAAGUCGGAGCCAACAGCCAUCGAGAAGCUGGGACAUGUAAAUUUGGCCAUACGUUUGGACGACGAAUGAGCGAAGUAAACAAAAAACCCGGUUUUUCGGGAACUACGACCUAGAGGCUUAUGUUACUUGGCAACCUUACAAUUUGACAAAAGAUUUGUGCACCGUACGUUACAACAACGUUGCAUUAUGUACAAAUUAUUCUGAACAGACUUACCACAUUGCAACUAAGUACUUGUUAUUAAUUAAUAAUAAUCUAUGUAUUCUUCAGUUUUUAAAUGAUUACAAUGCAAAAUGUAACAGUUAAAUAUAAUACAACCAGUCAUUAAUUUAGUAUAAUGGAAGUAUAUCCAUAUUUAUAUAUAUAUAUAUAUAUAUAAGUACGUAGAGAAGUAGUAUUUAGAAAUUAGUGUGAGUCCAAAAACAAAACGAAUUAAGAAAAAAGUGAUAAAUGUAAUUGAAAGUUGCACAAAACAAAGAAUUGGUUGAAGUACAAAGUAAUUAUUAAUUUUUAUAGUAUUCUUGCAAAUAGAUUUCAAUAUACAUAUGUAUGCUAUAUUGUAUUUGUUUUCU